AACUGGGGAACGUAACAAGCAUGGUACAGAUAGGGUCACAGUAGUAUGAUGUAGGAGUAGAUAGGGUCACAGUAGCAUGGAGCAGGAGUAGAUAGGGUCACAGUAGCAUGGUGCAGGAGUAGAUAGGGUCACAGUAGCAUGGAGCAGGAGUAGAUAGGGUCACAGUAGCAUGGAGCAGGAGUAGAUAGGGUCACAGCAGUAUGAUGUAGGAGUAGAUAGGGUCACAGUAGCAUGGAGAAGGAGUAGAUAGGGUCACAGUAGUAUGAUGUAGGAGUAGAUAGGGUCACAGUAGUAUGACGCAGGAGUAGAUAGGGUCACAGUAGUAUGGAGCAGGAGUAGAUAGGGUCACAGUACCAUGGAGCAGGAGUAGAUAGGGUCACAGUAGUAUGAUGUAGGACUAGAUAGGGUCACAGUAGUAUGAUGUAGGAGUAGAUAGGGUCACAGUAGUAUGAUGCAGGAGUAGAUAGGGUGACAGUAGUAUGAUGCAGGAGUAGAUAGGGUGACAGUAGUAUGAUGCAGGAGUAGAUAGGGUCACAGUAGCAUGGAGCAGGAGUAGAUAGGGUCACAGUAGCAUGGAGCAGGAGUAGAUAGGGUCACAGUAGUAUGAUGCAGGAGUAGAUAGGGUCACAGUAGCAUGGAGCAGGAGUAGAUAGGGUGACAGUAGUAUGAUGCAGGAGUAGAUUGUCCCGUUGUCCCGUUUUGCCACACAAAGUAUAAUGGAUUUAUACGAUAGUCCAGUUGGGGGUGGUAAUGCAACAUAUUGUAUGCCAACCGCCGUUAAACCCCACUGAAGAAGAAGAAGAAGAACGACGACUCACUGUUGUGCUGUCAAUAUGCUCACCUUUGUGUCCGUUUCAAAUGCAUUACUACAGGACGACUCCGAUCAAGUCUGAGGCCGUUAACAUCAACAGUGAGGAUGAACCCAACCUGCCACUCUCCUUCCACACUGAGUCCAAACCUACAGUCACUGGGUCCUGAUUGUGACAGUGGAGCCCAGUUUGCACUGCAGGAUCCAGAGAUGGCAUCAGUGAAGCUGGAAGACUACAGUCAAACACUAGAGCUGAAUGUCAACAUUAAAGAUGAAGAAGAGGAGGAGGAGAUUGGUACAUCUGUUAGUCAUGGGGACCAUGUUGAGACAUUCUCUACAUCCAUAGAGCAACAGCAGGAAGAUCAGAGAGCUAAGAGGUCUCACCACUGCCCACAUUGUGAGGAGGUUUUCCCAUUUCUAUCAGGACUAAAAAUACACCUACAAAUACACACAGGAGAGAAUCCGUAUUCCCCCUCUGACUAUGGGAAGAGAUUCACAACAUCACAUUCUCUGACAGUUCACCAGAGUGUGCACUCUGGAGAGAAGCCUUACUCCUGCUCUGACUGUGGGAAGAGUUUCUCUCGACUGAGCCAUUUAAAAAGACACCAAAGUAUACAUAAAGGAGAGAAGCCUUACUCCUGCUCUGACUGUGGGGAGAGUUUCGCUCAACUGGGGACUUUAAAAAAACACCAACGUAUUCACACAGGCGAGAAGCCUUACUUCUGUUCUGACUGUGGGAAGAAUUUCUCCCGAUUGGAUACCUUAAAAACACAUGAACGUAUACAUACAGGAGAGAAGCUUUACUCCUGCUCUCAUUGUGGCAAAUGCUUCACAACAUCAACUGAGUUAAAAGUUCAUCAGAGAACACACACAGGAGAGAAGCCUUACUCCUGCUCUGACUGUGGGGUGAGUUUCUCUCGACUGGGCCACUUAAAAACACAUGAAAGUAUACAUACAGGAGAGAAGCCUUACUACUGCUCUGACUGUGUGAAAUUCUUCACAACAUCAACUGAGCUAAAAGUUCAUCAGAGAACACACACAGGAGAGAAGCCUUACUCCUGCUCUGACUGCGGGGCGAGUUUCUCGCAACUGGGCAACUUAAAAACACAUGAACGUAUACAUACAGGAGAGAAGCCUUAUUACUGCUCUGACUGUAGAAAAUGUUUUAAAACAUCAACUGGGCUAAAAGUUCACCAGAGAACACACACAGGAGAGAAGCCUUACACCUGCUCUCACUGUGGUGUGAGUUUCUCUCGAUUGGGACACUUAAAAACACAUGAACGUAUACAUACAAGAGAGAAGCCUUAAACAUGCUCUUGACUGUGGGGUGAGUUUCUCUUGACUAGGCAACUUAAAACCCCAUAAAAGUAUACACACCUUAUUACUAGAGCUGUGGCGGCCAUGACGUUGUGUCAGCCGGUGAUUGUCAUAUAAAUAGUUACCGGUCUCAUGGUAAUUGACAGGUAAUUAACCUAAACAUGUUUAGCAUGUCUUGGCUUCCACGCAUAGCCUACAAGCCACUGAUGUGGACCUUUUGAAACAUCUACAUUGUAAAAAGUCUAAUAAAUCAAUUUAAUAUAGCCUACACCUUCACAAUAAAUCCAUGUAAUAUAGCCUACACCUUCACAAUAAAUCCAUGUAAUAUAGCCUACACCUUCACAAUAAAUCCAUGUAAUAUAGCCUACACCUUCACAAUAAAUCCAUGUAAUAUAGCCUACACCAUCACAAUAAAUCCAUGUAAUAUAGCCUACACCUUCACAAUAAAUCCAUUAUUUAUUUCAUACAGGUCUAAAAGAAACAAGAUAUAAAGAAAAUGUAGCCUAUUUCAGAAGAACAAAAUAGCAUAUUCGGAGUUGUCCUUACAGUAUGUUAGGUCCUGAUCUGGCUUGGCCAUAUGGCUGUGGGCAACACUAGUUCAUUUAGCACACAAUUGAGCAUAGCUGAAAUUAAAAAAAAUAUUCCCCAAAGAAUUUCAGAGGAAGUGUGCACUAUUCUGUGUUAACAGGUCCUCCCAUAUGCUUACUUUAGAUUUAUUUUUGCAACUUUAGUUGGGAUCUGAACGUAUGUUUUAGAUUUUGAAUACAUUCUAAGGCUGCAUGGUGCAACUCUAUAGUGAAUGAAAAGGCCUGCUUCUCUGCUCUGUUUCUUUAUGCAGGCUGCACACACUUCAUCAGUCUCUCAUUCACAAUCUGACAAGCACUUGAUCACGUUCUCAACCGUCAAGACUGUUCAUCAUUUCAUCUCGUCUUUACAUACGGCCUAUUAAUAUAUAAUGUGUAGAAUUAUUUUUCAAUUAAAACCGUAAUCCGUAGCAUCCAGUCGAUUAGCGAAUGAAGGUUACGACGCGUCCAUAAGGUUAGAGGAAGCUAAAAGUUAAUUGAAAUAAAUUGACAAAAUUGUACAGCCUAAUUAGUCUACUCCUGUCUAUGCAGAAAGGAAGGAAAUCCUUCCAAAUAGGCUACUGAAGUAUAGUUUGUCCUCAGAGGAUCAUUAACCUUCUUUAAAAUAUAAAUAAAUUGUAUAUAAAUUGCAUUGUAUUUAAAUUGCAUUGUCUACAGUCGGAAGGAAAGGCAGGAAAGUGCUCAAUUUGGGCAGAUUAUCGAUGAGUUGAGACUGUCUGAUAAGUAGAGAGGCCAAGCCAGACAUUUCACAAUAUUUUCAAAAUACAAUCGUGGGGAAAAUGUACACUACAUGAUCAAAAGUAUGUGGACAUGUGCUCAUUGAGCAUCUCAUUCCAAAACCAUGGACAUUAAUAUGGAGUUGGUCAUCCCCCCCCCCCCCCCCCCCCCCCCC